GGAGUCCUUUAUGCUGCCGGCUUGCACACUGAGGUAGAGGAGCGCCAUAUUGCGUCUGCCUGAACUGACUGAGUUUGGACGAAAAUCUGACCGCUCGGGACAAACACCAACACAUCUCCCCAAACCCAACACCAAGCUCCGAAGAACGCUUUGAGAGCCGGGGCCACACGGAGGACACGUCUUUAGUUUUUUUUUCUAUUAUUUAUUUCUUGUUUUCAUAUUUAGCAGCUGGGAAAAAGGACGAAAAAUGCCAAAAGCGAUCAAUGUGCGCGUCACCACCAUGGAUGCUGAGCUGGAGUUUGCCAUCCAGCCCAACACCACAGGCAAACAGCUGUUUGACCAGGUGGUAAAAACCAUUGGCGUACGUGAGAUCUGGUACUUCGGACUGCAAUAUGUGGACACCAAAGGUUUCCCCAACUGGCUAAAACUGGACAAAAAGGUGUCAUCUCAGGAUGUAAGGAAGGAAAACCCACUACAGUUCAAGUUUCGGGCCAAAUUCUUUCCAGAGGACGUUUCUGAGGAGCUGAUUCAGGAGAUCACCCAGAAGCUCUUCUUCCUGCAGGUGAAAGAGGGCAUCCUCGGCGACGAGAUCUACUGUCCUCCAGAGACGGCAGUGCUGCUGGCCUCCUAUGCAGUCCAGGCCAAGUUUGGCGACUAUGACAGAGAAAUCCACCGGCCUGGAUAUCUUGUCAGUGAACGCAUGCUGCCCCAGAGAGUCAUGGAGCAGCACAAGUUAUCCAAAGAACAGUGGGAGGAACGGAUUCAGGUGUGGCAUGAGGAGCACUCUGGGAUGUUGAGAGAGGAUGGCAUGAUGGAGUACUUAAAGAUUUCUCAGGAUCUGGAAAUGUACGGAGUCAACUACUUUGACAUUAAGAAUAAGAAGGGAACAGAGCUGAGGCUGGGAGUGGACGCACUGGGUCUCAACAUUUAUGAGAAGGACGACAGAUUGACGCCAAAGAUCGGCUUCCCGUGGAGUGAGAUCAGAAACAUUUCCUUCAACGACAAGAAGUUCAUCAUCAAGCCUAUUGACAAAAAAGCCCCUGACUUCGUGUUUUAUGCCCCGAGACUAAGGAUCAACAAAAGCAUCCUGCAGCUGUGCAUGGGCAACCAUGACCUCUACAUGCGUCGACGCAAGCCAGACACAAUCGAGGUGCAGCAGAUGAAGUCUCAGGCCAGGGAGGAGAAGCAACAGAAACAGAUGGAGAGGACACAUUUGGAGAACGAGAAGAAGAAAAGGGAAGCCAUCGAGAAGGAGAAGGAGCAGAUGGAGCGUGAGAAGCAGGAACUCAUGAUGAGGCUCUAUCAGUUUGAGGAGAAGACUAAGAAGGCAGAGAAAGAUUUGCAGGACCAGCUUCAAAGAGCAAUUAUGCUGGAGCAGGAGCGCAGAAGGGCAGAGGAAGAGGCUGCUCGUCUGGAGGCGGAACGUCAGGCUGCCCUGCUGGCUAAAGAGGAGCUGGCCCGCCAGGCUGAGAGUCAGCUGAAGACCCAGGAGCAGCUGGCUUCUGAGCUGGCGGAGCACUCAGCCAAGAUUGCGCUGCUCGAGGAAGCCAGGAGACACAAGGAGGAGGAGGCUAGCACAUGGCAGAACAGGGCCCGAGAGGCUCAAGACGAUCUGAUUAAGACCAAGGAGGAGCUGCACAUGGUGAUGACAGUGCCCCCGCCUCCACCACCCCCUCCCACAUACAACCACCUGGAUGACAACAGCGACAGCGAGGACAACAACAGCAUGCACAGCACCGAUCUGCAGGUAUCCGACUUCCACGACCACCGCGAGGAGGAGGAGCGUCUGACUGAGGUCGAGAAGAAUGAGCGUGUCCAGAAGCAGCUCAAGGCUCUGACUUCCGAGCUGGCUCAUGCCCGAGACGAGUCCAUGAACACCCAGAACGAUCUCCUUCACAGUGAGAACGUGCGGGCCGGCCGAGACAAAUACAAGACCCUGCGACAGAUUCGGCAAGGCAACACCAAGCAGAGGAUCGACGAGUUUGAGGCCUUAUAAGCCGCCGCCCGAGUGCACACCCUUUCUGAAUGGUCACUAUUUAUCUCGAUCUGCUGCUGAGAAACACACAGACACACACAGACACCCCCUUCAAACCCACCCAAAGACAUUUUUAACACGCGCUGGUAGCAGACUUAACUGAAGUGGUAGAAGCGCUGCAGAAGGGAGGCAGGACGCAGCGUUCUUCAAAACCUUAGUGCCAAAAUCUUCUGUCCUUUCUUGUGUGAUAGUGUUUUUAAUAUUGUCAAUUUUGUAAUUUUUUGUUGUUGUUGUUGGAGUCGGACUAAAAUCACCUUUGUUUUUCACUGGAGGUUUGAGGAAGGAGUGGGAAAAUUAUUAUAAUGCAUCUAGUAAUCAAAAUGUUGCAAUGGAAGAAAAUGGCUUGUUGUUCAUAGCGACCACUCAGAAAAGGGGAGACAGUAUACGCAGGAAAAUGUAUUUUUAUUUUCCAUUAUUUUUGAACACUUCCAGUUAUGUUUAUUUUUGCUCUAAAGUAAAAAAAAAAUAUGCAUAGUUUGAUAUUUAUUCUGUAUAUGGGACAUAAAGGGUAUUUCGUCUUGGUUUGUAUAUUUUUGCUAUCUACUAAUAAUAAAAGCUUUUAAUGUUUCAGAGGUUUUAUAUAUUUACCCAAAAAAUAGCAGUCUUAUGUUCCAUGUUUUUCUUUUGAUCACUUAACUAGAGAUUUAUGGUAAAUUAUUAAUUUUAUUAGAGGAGAUUUCCAGUUGCAUACAAAUAAAAUACGUUUAGAUGAACUCUCCAAUUACUUUCUUUUUAUUAGAUGUGGAGAUCAUUCACAGCACUGCGUCGAACGGUACACAAAAUUCAAUUUGUAUUUCUAUCAGUUUGUUCAGUGUCAUGUUGUUACAGAAUAAGAAAGGGGCAAAUAUUGAGUUUUUUUUAUACCCCCUAAAGUGGCUUUUCUUUCUGGUCACUCACAGAUGGUUACAAUCAUGUGGAGUUUUUUUAAAGUUAGAUUUCUCACCAAAUUCUCCCUUUUCUCUCCUUGGCCUGAAGUAACAUUUACUAAAGCUGUCAUGAAGAAACACUCAGCUAUGCUUGAAUUAGUACAUUUUAUAAUGAGGUGUUCAACAUAUUGCCAAUAAAGUUACUUGAUUUGUCA